AUGACAGCAAACAACACCAUCUCGAACGGUCCCCCCCGCAACCCAACGCCACCGAAAGAAGCGUGGGAGGCUUCCAAAGAAACCACAUUCAAACUCCCCGAUACCAAGACGAGCAUUUGGAUUACCAAUUCCAGCCAUGGAAACGGAAGCGACUAUCUCGUUGGUUCAGGGAGCACAACUUUGGCUCGAUGGUCGAUGGAUGGCCGACAAACAAGAGUAUCACCACCUAUGAUCAACGAGGACAGGGCACAAGACGGUCCAGUUCUUGAGCUUGAGAUCUUUAACUCGGAUGUUGACGAUCCUCGCUCUCCUUUUGCGUCUCAUGGCCAGAAUCGAGACCUGGCGUUGACUUGGGCGUCGGUCUACGCGCUGUGGCUACACCCUGACCACAGAGACGAUGACUUGAUUGCCAUUUCGGUGGACAGUCAAAAGAUAGGCGAAUACAUCAAAAGCACUGGCGUUGGAGUUCUAUCACCAUUUUCACCGUCGACAACUCCCCGAGAGACUAUCUACUGGCUUUCCCACGAUGCGUUCUGGCAGGGAGCUGGAGCGCCAGACUCACAGCACUGGCUUCAAUCGCGACCUGAAGUGACAAACUUCCCAGGCUUCAACGGCACAAUGGGUGUUUUUGCCAAUCAACUGGGCUUCACGCGCAAUGGCAACGUCUGCACCGUUCACCCCGUGCGACCACCCAAGCCCAAGCCAGGCAGCCUCAUCUACUCGCGCUACAUCGUCGAGCUGGGACAGCAGAUCACCAUCCGACACAUCGACGCGUCAAACCCCGUUCACUUCGAAGCGUACAAGCGAUGGCAAAACUCGGACCGAGUGAACAAAGCGUGGAAAGAGCGCGGACCGGACGAGCACCACCGAGCAUACCUCGCCAAGCAACUGGCGGACCCUCACAGCAUGUCAUGCGUGUUCGAGUGGGACGGGCAGCUGGCAGGCUACACCGAGCUUGGAUGGGUCAUGGAGGACAACGCGGCGUGCUUCUUCGGGUCAAACUGCAACAUCGUGGUGGGCGAGCACGACCAGAACUCGCACAUCAUAGUGGGCGAGGAGCGGUUCCGCGGCGGCAAAAGGUACCAGGCGGUGGCCACGUCCAUCAAGCACUGCUGCUUCCUGCGGGACCCUCGCACGAAGCAGGUCGUGGCCGAGCCCGAGUACGACCUCAACCACGUGCAGAUCCAGGACAGGUUUCUGCCGCAGGAGAGGAAGAAGCGGUUCCAUCUGCCGCACAAGACGGCCAUGCUGUUUGCCCUGCAGCGUGAGCGAUUUUUCCAGGAGGCACAUUUCGUAUAG